AUGUCGAAUAAUGGGAAUGAAACUGGAGAACCAAUGCGAGAUAUUGAGGGAACCACUGGUAAUGAACCUAUGGAUGAAGACGAGAAAGUGUCGAAGGAAUUUGAUGAAUUUAUAUCAUGCGAAGAAAUGAAGCAACAAGAAUGCGAUCAACAAACGGAGGA